AUGAAGUUCGCACUGAUAUCGGUGCUCCUGGCGGGGUUUCUAAUGGCGGCCUUCGGCGGCAUCAGGACACGCCACACGAACAUUAAGUGCGAAACGCGGGAUCCGUCGUAUGCGGAGGUGCCUGUCUGCCGCCUGAACGUGCUGGGACGUGGCAUUAUCGGAGCCAAUGUCCACAUUAAAGUGUCCCAACUACCGAUUCGGAAGGUGUCCAUCAAUUUCAGCGUCUUUCAAAAGCUCUCCGGCUACCAUCCGUUCCUGUUCAACGUCACCGUAGACCUUUGCCACUACAUGAAGCACCCGAAUCCCUACAAUGUGUUCCACUACUUCUACGGCGCCCUGCGGCCCUUCAUCAACGUGAAUCACACUUGCCCCAUCAAUGUGAGUCACGACAUUAUCCUGAAAGACUUCGUUCUGAAUGAUCAAAUGUUCUCCAGAGUGGCCGGGCCCAAGGGCAACUACAUGUUCAAGAUCAAAAUAAUCAGCGAGGGUGUGUGGAGGGGGACCAUUUACUCCUACAUGGAUGUCAACGCGGAAGACAAUACCCGUAUUAUCCCCUCGGGAUAG